AUGGCUUCACUUGUGAAGAUGAAAAAUUUUAAACUUUGGAGUCAGCCUUUUUCAGAUGACGAAGAUGAGAAACGUCCAGACUCACCUACAGUCCUUAUAACGAACGCAAAUAUAGCCCCAGCUAUCUUAAAGCUGACUACUAUAUCUCUGCUAAAAAUAUACCGAAUUUGCAAUCCCAACUAUUCAUAUGAUCCUUCUGAAAAUCCGACGAGGCCACUUACCAAGCCGAAUGAGCCAAAAUUCAAUAAUGGCUAUGACGGAUAAGGCUUUUUUUUAUAUUAUUCUUAAAAAAAAUAAUAUUUUCUGUAGAUUUUUCACUAAAAAAAUGAUUUUUAUACACCCAGCUAUGACAAUGAGCAUUACAACUAUAUUCUCUACGUCAACCAAAUUCUCACAAGUCCUGAGAACGAACAAUAUAUCAUUUUGGAUUCCCUCGGUGAAGGAACUUUUGGCCAAGUCGUCAAAGUCCGCAAGCGGAACGGUGAACUUUUUGCUGCCAAAGUUAUCAAAAACAAACCCGCCUAUUUCAUACAAGGACUUAUCGAGGUCAAAAUUCUGAGCAAGUUAAACAGAAACCUCGACCCUCACGACCAAAACCACAUAGUCAGGAUGAUUGAUUAUUUUGUGUUUAGGAACCAUUUGGUUAUCAUUUUUGAGCUAUUAUCCUUGAAUAUUUAUGAAUUAAUUAAAAAAAAUGAUAUGAGAGGGUUCAGCCUGUCCUUAAUCCGGUCCUUUACCAAACAGAUUUUAGAAGCUUUUUGUGUAUUAGAAAAAGGUAAUAUUAUUCACUGUGAUUUAAAGCCAGAAAAUGUCCUGCUAGUUAACGACAGCGUCAAUGUAAAAGUGAUAGAUUUCGGCAGCGCCUGUUUUGAGGACGCCACAAUAUACACUUAUAUACAGUCAAGAUAUUAUAGGUCGCCUGAAGUAUUAGUAGGAGUCCCUUAUGGCUCUGAAAUUGAUACCUGGAGCUUGGGGUGUAUCUGUGCAGAACUCUUUAUAGGGAUUCCACUGUUCCCAGGCGCCAAUGAAUAUGAGCAGCUAUAUAGGAUUAUUCAGCUUUUAGGGCCACUUGAGCAGUCAUUUAUUAAUGAAGGCAAAUUUCGAGAUAAGCUAUUUAUUUUGGAAAAUGGCGAAUAUAGGUUAAAGGCAAGGGAAGAAUUCAUGAAGGUACUUGGUAAAUAGACUCAAGGGGUUCAGCUUCAGCCUUAUCGGGUUUUCACAAACCUCUCAAGCCUGGACGACUUGUUGUAUUUAGAUAGAAGGAUCCCGAAUGAAGAAAAUGAUAUAGAAAAUAGGAAGCCUUUUGUGCAUUUUUUGAAAGGGUUAUUGAUUUUGGAUCCUACAAAAAGAUGGAGCGCACACCAGGCGAUCAUGCAUCCGUUUAUAAGGGGUGGGAACUGUGAGAGCUUUAUGCCGCCGUCAAGUAAAUUUUAUAUAGAGAUUCAUAGAGAGUAUCGAGCGCCUGUAGGUGCACUGAGAGGGUCAUGCCCAUCAUUACUUGAAAGAAUCAGAAAUAGCCAAGACAUGACUGAAAAGUCUGAAAACGCUUGCUAUCGGCCAUGUGUCGAAGAGCUCCAAGACAACUUCUUCACUGGCUUUGCCCACGGCAAGCUUGUCCAAGUUUCGUCGCCUCCUCAAAACCCUCCUAUAAUCGAAGCCUCCAAAAUGCAGUUUCAGCCAGUCCAAAACCCCUUCGCCAAUAUGCCUAUGAAUUUUAACCCAAACCAAUUUUCCCAACCUUUUAAUGCUCCUCCAGGUUUUUUGCCUCUUCCUGAUAUAAGAGGUCCUAGGUACAUGAGACCUCAUAGCUACGGGCCAGGCGGGGCGUACCAAACAAUACCACGGCCUUACAGUCCUAAGCUUGAGGACGGAAAAGCCAAAAAUAAGAAAAAAAAAUAUUCAAAUAAAAUGAAAUAUGACAGUCAAAGAAGUUCGUCGUAUACUGCCAAAGACCAUCAUAAGCCGAAAGUCAGAAAACAAGAGCCAAGACCAAGCUCUAUUGAGGAUGGAAAAAUGAACUCUCCAAAGCAUGAUAAGUUCCCAACAUUAACAAAGUUUGACGAAAGACAAAUUCCUCCAAUAAACAGCGUUUUCACUCCAAAGAACGUUGGGUUACCUGUAAUCCCUGAAAUUGGAUACUUAGAAAAAAUCAAAAAAGAAGCAAAAGAUAUAGGUAAAGCCAAUUAA